CUUUCAAUCUCACAUGGCAAUGAAAAUGACUUGUAUGUCCUCACAAGUAUCUGAUGAUGAACAGAGAAAAAGAGAAAAGAUUCGUUCCUUGACUAUGUGUGGCCAUGUUGGCUUUGAGAGUUUGCCUGAUCAGUUGGUCAACAGGUCCAUUCAGCAAGGUUUCCGCUUUAAUAUUCUCUGUGUGGGGGAGACUGGAAUUGGAAAAUCAACACUGAUUAACACAUUGUUUAAUACUAGUUUUGAAGACUGUGAAUCCUCACAUUUUUACCCACAUGUUAAACUUAAAGCUCAGACAUAUGAACUUCAGGAGAGUAAUGUUCAAUUGAAAUUGACUGUUGUGAGUACUGUGGGAUUUGGUGACCAAACAAAUAAAGAAGAGAGCUACCAACCAAUAGUUGAUUACAUAGAUGCUCAGUUUGAGGCCUAUCUCCAGGAGGAGCUGAAGAUUGAGCGUUCUCUCUUUAACUACCUUGAUUCUCGCAUCCAUGUGUGCCUCUACUUCAUCUCACCCACGGGCCAUUCUCUGAAGAUACUUGAUCUCCUGACCAUGAAGAACCUUGACAGCAAGGUGAACAUUAUACCAGUGAUUGCCCAAGCAGAUGGAAUUUCUAAAACUGAAUUGCAGAAGUUUAAGAUGGCACUCAUGAGUGAAUUGGUCAGCAAUGGCGUUCAGAUAUACCAGUUCCCAACGGACGACGACUCUGUUGCUAAGAUCAAUGCUGCCAUGAAUGGACAGUUGCCAUUUGCUGUUGUAGGAAGUAUGACUGAGGUAAAAGUUGGAAAUAAGAUGGUCAAGGCUCGCCAGUACCCUUGGGGUGUUGUACAAGUGGAAAAUGAAAACCACUGUGACUUUGUGAAGCUUCGGGAAAUGCUCAUUUGCACCAACAUGGAGGACCUGCGGGAGCAGACGCACAGCAGGCACUACGAGCUCUAUCGGCGCUGCAAGCUGGAGGAGAUGGGCUUCGCAGAUGUGGGCCCGGAGAGCCAGCCAGUCAGUCUUCAACAGAUGUAUGACGUCAAAAGACAGGAAUUCUGUCGUGAAGUUCAGAGGAAGGAGGAAGAAUUGAAGCGCGUGUAUGUGCAGCGAGUGAGGGAAAAGGAAGCCCUGUUUAAAGAAGCCAGAAGAGAGCUACUGGCCAAAUUUGAGCAUCUUAAAAGAGUCCACCAAGAAGAGACAAUGAGGCUUGAAGAAAAGAGAAGAUCUUUGGAAGAAGAAGUCAUUGCUUUCUCUAAGAAGAAAGUUGCGUCUGAGGUUUUCCAGAACCAGCCCUUUCUGGCAGUGGGCAGCAACCUGAGGAAGGACAAGGACCAUAAGAAGGAACCAAGCUGUCGAUUUGAACUCCUGUGCAUUGAUGUCAGAGCUUGUGAAGCCAGUGCUGGACGUAAAGAUGCAGAGAAAGCUCCAAUUUUAUGUAAAACAGAAGUUCCAGACCACAGAAAGUCAUCACAAGCAAAAGCAAAAGUUAUUAAAAAGCUACACGUAUGCUUUGAUUUUCUUGCUGUUUUCAUUUAUGUUAUCACUUACUCUAUAUCUGGCGGAUGGCCACAGUUAGUGACAUUUAUGGGAAAAUGCUUUCAAGUACAAGGUCAAUACAUAAGCCAGAGUUGAUGGUACUACAGGUUAAGCAUCCCUGAUUCAAAAUGUUCCAAAAUCUGAAACUUGAUUGCAGGCAUGACACUGUAAGUGGAAAAUCCCACCAGACACCAUUGCCUCUCAUGAUUCAGUGCACACAAACUUUGAUUCAUGCACAAAAUUAUUUAAAAUAUUUUAUUUAAAAUUAUUGAAAAUAUUGUGAAAAGGUGUAUGUGAAUUUCGUGUUUGCACGUGGGUCCCAUCAUGUGUGCGCAAAUACUCCAAAAUGUGAAAUCCAAGAUGCUUCUAGGCGCAGGCAUUUGGAUGAGGGAUGUUCAACCUGCCCUCACAUGUUUGCUGUUGCUAGAAAUUGUUAAGCUGCUGUUUUGUGAUGAAUCUCAGUCUGUUCUCCUGCUGCCAUGUUAUUGUCACUUUGCGUUAGACCAAAGAACAAAGUCUCAGUGCCAUUGGGAAUACAGAUCUCAUUUGUAUUCCGGCCAGCUGUAUUUAUAUUCCAAGAUGAACCUUUUUGCAUAUACUAAACAAAAAAAAUUGGAAAUAUGUCUUGGAAUGUAUUGUAGAGAUAAAACUCUAACCACUCAGUAGUUUCAUAGGACUUAAAAAAUUUUUGAUACAGUCAUCCAAUUGGUGAUAUGGUAAGCUUUUGUGUCAAAUCGUAUAGCAUGAUUAUUUUUCAUGCUUCUGUAUGAUACUUUUCAUGCUGAUGUAUUGCUGUGAUGAAACUAUGUUUAAAAGUAAAAAAAAUCUAGGUAUAUAGAUUCUUUUUUCAAGUGAUAAAGUACCUUUGAACUUGAGCAUAUCACAGUACUUUCAUUAGGAUGUAUUACAUGUUGUCUAAAACUAUCUUCCAGGGGAAAAAUAAUAAGGUUGAAUUAUUUUAUUAAAAAUAUUUUAAAGAAAAAAACGGAGCAUCUGAAUAUUAAAGAUAUAAACAUUCAGAUAAUUCAUGUUUUAAAGGAUAUUAGCACUUAGUGCCUUAGUAUUCUCAGAACAUUUUAUUUUAUUUAUUUAUUUAUUUUAUUUUUUCUCAAAACCUUUUAAUGGUUUCUAAUAUUUUCUUAACAGUGAUAGGUAUAUAAAUUUUUAUUUUUUGUACUUGAGUAUUCUAAAACUGACAUUUGCUCUUGGCAAAUAAAAUGUAUCUGCAUAUUUA